CUCCAAAAAGGAGUGGCAGGUACACAAGUGCCACUGAACCAUCUGUAGAUGGAAACUCCAUUUCAUUCUCUGGAAGAUGGAUAUCUUUUAUUUCCUGUUAGUUCAUCCAGAUUCUUCAUGUUACCAGGAAAUAUUUAUAUCAUUUAUAAGCAUUCAUAAAAUGCAGCCUUGGAUUAUGGAGCAUUCAUAAACAUUAAAAAAAUACAAAGUAAUAUGAAGAAUAAAAAAAUGAGAAUAGUAUAGGGGUCCUCUUUCAUUGAUCUGUGACUGGCAGAAGUGUUGCUUGUCUUCCUGAAUGUUCUCCAGUGCAUCCAUCCUGCCUUCUGGAGCUAUAACAAUGCAGCAAAGCUGCUAAAUCACUCCAUCACUUAAUUUAAUGAUUGAGAUAUGGAGUAAAUGCAGGAUAGAAAUAAGUGCAUUUUUGAAAUAUCCAAUUAUAUUGAACUGGGCAAAAGAAAUCAAAAACACAAUUAAUGCAGGAUAUCGAGUAGGUUUGAGCCUGACCUAAUAGUGCCCCCAAACCUAUGUUUCUUUCAAGUAUUUCUUAACUUCAAGAUUUAAAAGUAAAUUUUGCAGAUUGGUGUGAGGUGCUUUGCUGAGGCCUUGAGGAGCAUACUGGAAUUAGUGGGGCAUGGAAAUUGUAUAAAGGGUUUGUCUGACUUUACUUCUUUGCUCCAUGGCAGUUGCACAGUCAGUUCUGGUUAAAACAGUCCAGAUAAAAUGGAGACCAGGUUCUCUUCUUACUUUACUUGUUGUUGCUGAAGAUGAAGCCCUCUCUUGGAAUUAGGCCUGUCUAUAAUUUCUGGCAAUGUUCCUGCCCCACUGCUCAGUGUGGCCAGGUGCAGGACAUGGAUGUUCCCAGCACUGCCAACCUGCCAAAUUCCCUGGAGAGCCCUUGACCAAAGAGCUGCAGGAGGUUAAAAGGAUGUGGCUCCCUGAAGCCCUUUCCAGGCACAUGUUCUCAUUGUUCUUAUAACUGGAAAGGAUUUAAAUGACAAUCCAUGCUGGUGGCAGACUCAAAGCUCUUCUAUUCAUUUGAUGUUUAUUAACUCCUCAAGAAACAGCAGCAUUCAAUGUAGAAGAAGGUACACAUUCAGUUUCUCCAAGGCUGAGGACUUAUUUUUUAUCAAUUUGGGCUACGGAUUAAAAUAAUGAAAAAAUGCAUUCAGCUUCAGCAGAUUUAUUUAACUGAAGCCUUACUCUUUUCUGCCUUUGGCCAGAUGAUCUAGAGGAGUUUAUUGGUAGAUGCUACAAUGAAUGCCUCAUGAUUCUGCUGUCUUAAAGAUAACAGCAUUUAUCCCAUUGUCUCAGGAACUGCUGCUGAAAUUCAUGGAAAGGAGAGCAAGAUAUGAACUCUCUUACACCAGAACUCAGCAUUCAUCUCUCCAAAUCCUUCAGAGAAGCAAGAGCUUGGGCUGCAUCUCUGAGUUUAGACCUGCAACCUCAGCAUCCUGAUCUGGUGCUGCCUUUUGGAAGAUGAAUCAGGACAGUUACUCAAGUGAUCAGCCCACGGGCCAAGACCCACUCCUACUGUUGAAAACCCUUCAGCUUCUCUGGACAAAGCAAGAGCUGGGGAAGCUCAAGGAAGAAAUCAGGCGGGGCUUUGCCAGACUGGAGGACCCUUUGGCAGGACUCCUGGCCAUGCUGGAAAGCAGCAGUGAUUGGAAGGGGAAAGGGCAUUCCCUGGGGUAUUGCAUCACCACGGAGCUGCAGCUUUGGAUAAAAACGCAUCCUGCUGUCCCACAGUCUGGCACCAAGCUGAAGAAGCUGCAGGCCCGUGUGCUCGGAAUGCUCUCCCAGUGCCCAGCUAAUCUGCUUGACCCCCUGAUUAGCAUUUACCAGCUCCACACAGCGGACCGGAACUGUUUGCUUGAACAUGUCAGUCAUCUUUAUCUCCAGGGCAAUUACAAAGAGGCAGCCAUACUGAGUAUUAAGCUGAAAUUACAGCCAGAUCAAGAUGUAGAGAAGAUGUGUACCCCACUACUGCUCCAGGAUAAAGCUAACUUGGUGGAAGAUUAUGUGGCAGAAUAUCCCGAGCUCCAGAGGAAGCUCUUGCAGACCCUAGACAAGUGGUGUGACCUCAGCUUCAGUAUCAGAGACAUCACAAGACCAUAUCAAGGCCUGUCCAGGUACAAACCCGAAAAAUUUAACCGCAGAAUGCUCAGCAAGCUGGUCUUCAGGCUCCUGGAGAGAUUCAACGUUGACCCAGCCCUCUGCCCUAAUGUUAUAAAUCAGCGGCACUUGAGAACCCUGAAUUACCUCUUUUACAAGAGAUUUGUUGAGAAAACCAUGACUGAGGAGAAUUGGGCAGAUCACAUUCAGAGCACAGUUGGGGAGAACCGCUGGCUCCAAGGCCAGCUGGUGCAGUCGCUGCUCCGUCACUGCGAUGCGCACGGGGCAGCACGGUGGGCACUGCACUGCCAGGUACCCCCCGAGAUGCUGCCUCAGGCCGUGGCUGAGGAGCUGCAGAAGCUGCACAUCCAAGGCAGGGUAGAAGAGGUCACAAAACCAGACAAUUAUGAGGCCAGUAAGAAGAAGGACUAUUACCAGCUUCCUAUUUCACGGGAAAAUAUUCACUUUCUUCAGACAUGGGAGGAGACACUGCAGUGCUGGGAGAAGGUGCUGCAGCCUGGGCAGGUCGUUGGUGUGGACAUGGAGUGGAAGCCUUCCUUUGGCAUGGUGGGGAAGCCCCGUGUCGCCCUCCUGCAACUUGCACUGAAGGAUGAGGUGUUCCUGUUGGACCUACCACAGCUCCUCAAGCAAGCUGAGGCUGAGGGAGAGAAAGAGAAGCUUCCCCAUUUCAUCCAGAUGCUCUAUUCAGACACAACCAUCACUAAACUAGGUUAUGGGAUGUCUGGAGACCUCAGCAGUCUUGCAGCCACAUGUUCUGGUCUAAAAGACACAGAGAAGCAAAUUAAAGGUGUGGUGGAUCUCCUUGCAGUGGACAAACAACUGCAGUGGGGGAAGGACGGCCGGAAGGUCGAUGGACUGUCCCCGGAGCACAGCCACGAGGAGAGAGGGGUCAGGCAACCAGAGAAAGGACUCAGCCUCCUGGUGCAGCACGUGCUGGGGAAGCCUCUGGAUAAAACAGAGCAGCUGUCAAACUGGGAGAAGCGGCCACUCCGGGAGGAGCAGAUCCUCUAUGCAGCCUCAGAUGCUUACUGCUUGCUGGAGAUCUACGAAAGGCUCUGCAAGGACCCUGAGAGCUUUGGUCUGGGUUCAGACCUGACAGACAGUCUGGUGGGAAAACAGAGCAAAAAACCUAGGGCAAAGAAGCAGCUGAAUAAACAAGAAGCACCAUCACCUUCUGGACAGGAAUGCCAAGGACCCAGAACAGAGCCCUCAGGCCCCCCUGCCCCCAUUUCCCCCCGAGAGUUCAGCGUGGUCUGUGACAACAUGCUGCAGGGCCUGGGGCGCUACCUGCGCUGCCUGGGCGUGGAUGUCCGGCUGCUGGACAAUGAGGAUGACCACAGGAAAGCUGCUGAGAUUGCCCGACAGGAAGGAAGAGUCAUUUUGACCUCUGGACUCCCAUAUCAGACCCUGCGCUCCCAGGUGGGAGAAGGAAGGUGUUUCUCUGUGAACUGCUCCGAGAAGGCGAAGGAACAGGCGCUGCAGGUGCUGAAGCACUUCAACGUGCAGGUGUCCCUGAGUGACAUCUUCAGCCGCUGCCAGGUGUGCAAUUGCAACAAGUACCUGAAGGUCUCACGGGAGAGGAUGAGGCAGCUGGUGGAGAGCAGCAGACAAGCAUCAGGGGAGCACAGUGCAGGCUGCCCGGGGAGCCAGAGCUGCGAUGUCACCGUGCCAAUUUGUGACACAGCCCAGCCUGGCUGUGCCCCACACGGCGAGCAGGCAGAGGGCGUGGAGCAGUGCAGGGCAGCCGCCGUGUUGGCAGGGGACACGGUGCUGCAGGUCGCUGCCAUCCCCUCCAGGGUGCUGGACAGAGACGAGCUCACUCACUUCUAUUGCUGCACCUGCUGUGGGAAAGUGUUUUGGGAAGGGUCCCAUUUUGGACGCGUCGUCUCCCAGUUUCAGGAUGUUCUUGUGGUCUCUGGGAACACACAGAGUGUCUAUGAGCUGAGCUGAGCUGAGCUGAGCUGAGCGGAAGCACAGGGACUCCGCAGGGGAACGGGGACUGCCUGGGGAACCUCAGCAGACUUUGGGCCUUGGAUUUUCAGAGAGAGGCUGGAAGUGUCCCAGAGAGAGGGAGGAGCUCUCAUUUUGGGAUCCACCACGGAGAGCACUGUCACAGAUGCACUAGUGGUUUGCAACAGCCCAAAAGUAUGUGGCCUCCAUGAGAUCAUUAAAGCAGAGGUGGCUGAAGAAUGGAUCCUUUAUUUCUGCCCCUCUCCAACCUACUCAUGGUGAGAUGGUCGCAGGCUCUGCUGACCAAAACCACCACCCCA